UCUUAACUUCCGGUUUACUUCCGCCUGUGUACAUUAGCAUGCUGUUUUGCCUCCUGUUAGUUUUCAGGCACAAUGAAGGUCGUUACAUGGAACAUAAACGGCAUUAGGACAUUCAAAUGCGGUAUAAAAAAGGCUCUUGAUUCCCUAGACGCAGAUAUCGUCUGUGUUCAGGAGACGAAAGUGACAAGAGACCUGCUUGAUGAAAGGACAGCUAUCGUUGACGGUUACAACUCCUAUUUCAGCUACAGUCGUGGACGCAGCGGCUAUUCAGGGGUUGCUACUUACUGUAAGGACAAUGCCACUCCCUUUGCUGCUGAAGAGGGUCUCACAGGUCUGUUGACCAACCAUGAAAGUGCUGUUGGAUCCUACGUGGACCACGCUGACUUUUCAGCUGAGGAGCUGCAGCUUUUGGACAAUGAGGGGCGAGCUGUUAUCACACAGCAUAAAACCAUGUGUCAGGGCAAAGAGCUAACCAUUACUGUAAUAAACAUAUACUGUCCACGGGCUGACCCUGAAAAACCAGAGCGGAAGCAGUUCAAACUUCAAUUCUACAAGCUGCUUCAGCGUCGGGCUCAUGCGAUACUGAAAGAUGGGAGCCAUGUUAUUGUUUUAGGAGACGUAAAUACAUCUCAUCGGCCGAUAGACCACUGCGAUCCCAAUGAUAUUGAUGGUUUUGAUGAAAACCCUGGGAGGCAAUGGCUGAACAGCUUUUUGCACAACAUUACACCAGAGGAGGAACCUGAUAAAGAAUCGGAGGUAACAGAUUCUACCAACACUGGAAAAUUUGUGGAUACCUUUCGCUAUUUCCACCCAACUCGUACAAACGCCUUCACGUGCUGGUCCACUCUUACUGGAGCACGGCAGACAAACUACGGCACACGCAUUGACUACAUAUUUGCAGAUUGCCAGCUUGCCAAGGAGCAGUUUGUAGGAGCAGACAUCAUGCCUGAGGUGGAGGGAUCAGACCACUGUCCUGUAUGGGGGGAACUGAGCUGCUCCCUCCUUCCCAGCCCCAAGCCUCCUCCUCUCUGUACACGCUACCUGCCAGAGUUUGCUGGCAAACAGCAAAAACUCUCACGCUUCCUUGUUAAGGUGGACCAAAAAUCAAUUAAGCCUGAGCACAAAUUGAGCUUACCUGGAUCUCAAGAAGAGGAGGAAAGACGAGAGAAUUUAAACCCAUUUGGGGUUGAUAGCAUCUCUGGUAAAAAGCGUUUAUCAACAUCAGACUUUGCUGCCCCAAAGGGGAAAAAGACCAAGACUGUAAAUGACUCCUUAAAGCCUCAAGGCAACCUCCUUUCCUUCUUCAAACCCAAACUCCCAAAUGUUGAGCAGUGCAAAAAAACACUUGGUAAGGAUGAAGUUGUUUCAUCACAUAACACUCAAGCAACACCCACAGCUGGUGACUCAUGCUCAGUCACAGGUGCUGCAACUGAAAAUAGUGAGCUUGUUUUUGAUGGUUCAUCUGAGCUAUGCUCCAGCAGCACCACUGUGGAAACAGACAAAUCAUCCAAAACAAAACCUUCAGCCUCUCAGCCUGUUGUGGAACACUUGGAUUUUAAGAAAGGGGCGUCAUUGGGGUUUUGGAAGUCAGUGCUUCGUGGUCCACCUCCAGCCCCCAGCUGUAAGGUGCACAGGGAACCCUGUGUGCUUCGUACUGUAAAAAAAGAGGGGCCAAACAUGGGCAAACAGUUCUUUGUGUGUUCCCGUCCUCAGGGACAUUCCUCCAACCCUGACGCUCGCUGUAAUUUUUUUGCGUGGGUUGAAAAGGGAAAAUGAUCAGUUUCACUGUACUAACCACAAGUUAUUUUUGUGCAUCUAACAUGUGUUUUGUCUGAUCUACACAGAUUUCUCUUUUUUGGAUUUGUUUUUUCUUAACUAAAUAAUAAAAGACAGUAGGUUUCUA